ACAUCACACCUGAGAACACCCAACCGCUCUCUACUCCUCAGCCCCACUCCAGCCCAGACACCACCAUGACCGGCUCCUGCUGCGGAUCCUUCUCCUCCCAGAGCUGUGGAGGCUGCUGCCAGCCCUGCUGCUACCGAGACCCCUGCUGCUGCCGCCCAGUGUCCUGCCAGACCACAGUGUGCCGCCCAGUGACCUGUGUGCCACACUUCACCAGGCCCAUCUGCGAGCCCUGCCGCCGCCCCAUCUGCUGUGACCCCUGCAGCCUGCAGCAGGGCUGCUGUCGCCCCAUCACCUGCUGCCCCAGCUCUUGCACAGCUGUGGUCUGCAGACCCUGCUGCUGGACCUCCACCAGCUGCCAGCCCAUUUCUGUGCAGGCUCCCUGCUGCAGGCCCCCCUGCUGCCAGCCUGCUCCCUGCCGUACCACCUGCAGGACCUCCCCCUGCAACACCUGCUGCUGA